AUAAGACAGAGAGAGGCUUUGAGAUGGGAAACGUUAUCCAUAGAGAGUAUAAUGGCCACGAAAAUCUUCCUGGCAUCUCCUGUUAUCUCCGCCACCCGAACGCCGAUCGUCCCAAAGGCGAUAGCAUCACGUCUAGGCACCUCCCUGGCCGCCGCAUUGGCCGCGACUUCCGUGCUGACUAUGGUUCCGGUGCUGCCGGCGGCUGGCGAGGGAAACCAAACGUACAAAAUUUACUACGGGACGGCAGCGAGCGCGGCGAACUACGGGGGAUACGGGGGGAACUCGGACAGGAAGGCAUCGGCGGAGUACGUGUACGAUGUGCCGGAAGGGUGGAAGGAGAGGCUGGUGUCGAAGGUGGAGAAGGGGACAAACGGAACAGACAGCGAAUUCUACAAUCCGAAGAAGAAGACGGAGAAGGAGUACCUGACAUUCCUGGCGGGAUUCAGACAGCUGGCGCCGAGGGAUGUGAUUCUGAACAACCUUGCCUUGUCGGACGUGGAGCUGCAGGAUUUGAUAGCCGGCGCCGACAAAGUGGUGUCGGAGGAGAGGAAGGACGAGACAGGGCAGGUCUACUAUCUGUACGAGAUCGAUGGGGUUGGGAAACACAGUCUGAUCACAGUCACUUGCGCCAAGAACAAGCUCUACGCCCAUUUCGUAAACGCCCCUGCGCCCGAGUGGAACCGCGACCACGAUACAUUAACCCACCUUCGCGACUCCUUCAAGACUGUCUCUUCUUCUUGAAAUUCCUCCUUCAAUGUUCAAUGUAAUCCUUCCUUGUCGGAAUGUAUUUAAUUUGGUGAAAUUGAGAGAAUACAUAAAUUGGAGUUUGUUUG